GUCACUAAUGCCUGAAAGAAAGAGGCUGACCAGGUUGCCCAAAAUGUCCCCACAAUCUUCUUUCCCUGCCCUAACGUUCCCGCUGUCCCACAUUGCCCCCCACGCCGGCUGAUUUCCUUCCCAAAAUACUCCUACGGAACUUCAAUAUUUGUUUCGACGGAAUUCUUUUCAUCCUGAACGAAGAGGGGAGGAGCGAUGCAGCGAUGGUGCAGCAAGCUCGGCCGCCACAUCCUAUCCUCUUCCUGUUCUGCCCUCCGUCCCAUCCCUCCCCGACGUCUCGAACCGGUGGCAUUUCCAGCAAAUACGCCGAUCCUCAAGCCCCUUUCCGGUGACCCAUCUCCUGGGACACUCCGCCCCCAGCUUCUAGGUUUAGGGUUUUUUCCUCCCUCUUUACUUCUUGGGGCGAUGCAAGCCCGGCAUUAUGCAGCAAAGGAGAGAUCAAGAGCUCCAAUUACGCCAGCUACUUCCAAAGUGAAGAAAUACAAGCUUAAAGCUUUCUCAUCUUUUAAGUUCAGAUUUAGGACCAUGAAUGAUGGAAAGAUCCGGCGGUGGAGGGCAGGAAAGCGGCAUAAUGCACAUUUGAAGUCCAAGAAGGCAAAGAGAAGACUCAGAAAGCCGGAGGUUGUACAUGCAGCUUAUGCCAAAGUGAUUAAGAAGUUGAACUUUUGUGGCUAGAGCUUGAGGGGGAAUUUUUUCCUAAUGUUUCCCAAAGUCAGUGUGGCAUGAAUUUUUUUUUCUCUUCAGACUUCGAUACUUGUAGCCCCUCAAAAUUUUCAUGAUGUACCUUCUCGAAGAAACUAUGUUGUUUUAGCUGAUACUCGUGUCAUAUCAUGGCUACUUCAGGUCACGAAUGCCAUGAUAAGGAAACUCAUUGCAGCACUUUCUUAUCUUUUACAAGGGAUUUAUAUGCAAAAUUCCUAAAUCAGGACUAUAUUUGUUGCUUAUUGAAUCGAUUGAUGUUAUUGAUACACUGAGUUCACAGGAUCACUUUAUAGAGCAAUAAAAUUUCUAUAAAGCUUCAUUCGUA